AGCCGGUGCAGAAAACAGUAAAGCCUAUCCCAGCUGAAGGAAUCAAGUCAAAUCCUUCCAAGCGGCAUAGAGACCGACUUAAUACAGAGUUGGACCGUUUGGCUAGCCUGCUGCCUUUUUCACAAGAUGUUAUUAAUAAGCUGGACAAACUUUCGGUUCUUAGGCUCAGUGUCAGCUACCUGAGAGCCAAGAGCUUCUUUGAUGUUGCUUUAAAAUCCUCCCCUACUGACAGAAAUGGAAGCCAGGAUAACUGUGUAGCAAAUUUCAAAGAAGGCCUGAACUUACAAGAAGGAGAAUUCUUAUUGCAGGCUCUAAAUGGCUUUGUAUUGGUUGUCACUACAGAUGCUUUGGUCUUUUAUGCUUCUUCUACUAUACAAGAUUAUCUAGGGUUUCAGCAAUCUGAUGUCAUCCAUCAGAGUGUAUAUGAACUUAUCCAUACCGAAGACCGAGCUGAAUUUCAGCGUCAGCUACACUGGGCACUAAACCCUCCGCAGUGUACAGACUUUGGACAAAGAAUUGAUGAAGCUCAUGGUCCCCCACAGCCAGGAGUCUGUUAUAACUCAGACCAGCUUCCUCCAGAAAACUCUUCUUUUAUGGAGAGGUGUUUCAUAUGCCGACUAAGGUGUCUGCUGGAUAAUUCAUCUGGUUUUCUGGCAAUGAAUUUCCAAGGCAGAUUAAAGUAUCUUCAUGGACAGAAAAAGAAAGGGAAAGAUGAGUCAAUACUUUCACCUCAGUUGGCAUUGUUUGCAAUAGCUACACCACUGCAGCUUCCAUCCAUCCUUGAAAUCCGGACCAAAAACUUCAUCUUUAGAACCAAACACAAACUAGACUUUACACCUACUAGUUGUGAUGCCAAAGGAAGAAUUGUUUUGGGAUAUACUGAAGCAGAGCUGUGCACUAGAGGGUCAGGAUAUCAGUUUGUUCACGCUGGUGACAUGCUGUAUUGUGCUGAGUCCCACGUCCGGAUGAUUAAGACUGGAGAAAGUGGCAUGAUAGUUUUCAGACUUCUGACGAAAAACAAUCGGUGGACAUGGGUCCAGUCUAAUGCCCGCUUAGUUUAUAAAAAUGGAAGACCAGAUUAUAUCAUUGCAACUCAGAGACCACUAACAGAUGAAGAAGGAACAGAGCAUUUACGAAAACGAAACAUGAAGCUGCCUUUUAUGUUUACCACUGGAGAAGCAGUGUUGUAUGAGGUAACCAACCCUUUUCCUGCUAUCAUGGAUCCCUUACCAGUCAGGACUAAAAACGGCACUAGUGGAAAAGACUCUGCCACCAGAUCAACGCUAAACAACGAUGCCCUCAAUCCCAAUUCCCUCCUUGCUGCCAUGAUGCAACAAGAUGAAUCUAUUUAUCUCUAUACUGCUUCGAGUACUUCAAGUUCUGUACCUUUUGAAAAAAAUUUUUUUAAUGAAUCUACAAAUGAGUGUGGUAAUUGGCAAGACAGUAUUGCAUCAGUUGGAAAUGACAGUAUCCUGAAACAUGAGCAGAUCAAUCUGUCUCAGGAAAUGAACCCGCCAUUUUCUGGAAGUUACCCAGGGCUCUUUCACGAUAAUAAAAAUAGUGACUUGUACAGCAUUAUGAAAAACCUAGGCAUUGAUUUUGAAGAUAUAAAAAAUAUGCAGAAUGAAAAAUUUUUUAGAAAUGAUUUCUCUGGUGAAGUUGACUUCCGAGACAUUGACUUAACAGAUGAAAUCCUGACCUACAUCCAAGAUUCUUUAAAUAAGUCUACCUUCAUGUGUUCAGGUCACCAGCAGCAACAGCCCUUGGCUCUGAACUCAAGCUGUAUGGUACAGGAGCACCUUCAGCUAGAACAGCAACAGCAGCUACAGCAUCACCAGAAGCAAGUAGUAGUGGAGCCACAGCAACAGCUAUGUCAGAAAAUGAAGCAUAUGCAAGUUAAUGGCAUGUUUGCAAAUUGGAACACUCGCCAACCCGUGCCUUUCAGUUGCCCUCAGCAAGAACUCCAGCAGUAUCAUGUCUUUUCAGACUUCCAUGGGACCAAUCAGGAAUUUCCCUGCAAAUCUGAGGUUGAUACCAUGCCUUAUUCACAGAACUUUGUUUCCUGUAAUCAGUCUGUGUUACCACAGCAUUCCAAAUGUACAGAGUUGGACUUUCCUAUGGGGAGUUUUGAACCAUCCCCAUAUCCCACUACCACUGCUAGCUUAGAAGAUUUUGUCACUUGUUUACAAGUUUCUGAACAUCAAAAGCUUGGACUGAAUCCACCAUCAACUGUAGUAACUCCUCAGACAUGUUAUGCCGGAGCCAUGUCGAUGUACCAGUGCCAGCCAGAGCCUCAGCACACCCAUGUGGAUCAGAUGCAGUACAACCCGAUACUUCCAGGCCAACAGGCAUUUUUAAACAAGUUUCAGAAUGGAGGAGUUUUAAAUGAGACAUAUCCAGCAGAAUUAAAUAGCAUAAAUAGUAGUCAGACUGCCACACACCUUCAGCCACUUCAUCAUCCAUCAGAAGCCAGACCUUUUCCAGAUUUGACAUCCAGUGGAUUCCUGUAAUUCCAAGCGCAAUUUUGACCCUGGUUUUUGGAUUAAACUGGUUCGUGAAGGAUUAUGGAGUAAUAAAACUAUCAGAGUUGGAUGCCAGCAAGUUCAUAUGGAGGCAUUGAUGCAUGUUCUUCACAUUGUUAUUCCAAACCAUAUCUUAAUUUUUGUUUUUAGAAAAGGAAUUUAAGAAAUAAUAUCAAAAUUGCAUAUUACUAUAGUCAUUAUGAUAGAAAGUGUGCAGCCACAGAGUAAGGCGAUAAUCUCCAUUUGCUUCUGAGCACCACAAAAUAUGCAAAGCUCAUUCAGGGAACUUUAAGACUCUUUUAAAUAAGAAAACAUUCUCUAUUUGAAUUAUUUCUGUCAGAAUAAGAGUGAAAUACUUUGCAUUUUGAACUUCUGGAUUCUUAUUAGUUCACCAGAUACAAAUUUACAAAACUAAACUCUUUUCCUAUCAUUUUAGCCUCUGCUUUUAUCUCAGAGUUAAACUAAAUGGUUUGGUGCUUUUUGUACAAAGAUAAUCUCAGUGCUUUCCUCCCUCACUGUUACUCUAAGUGCCUCACAUUUUUUUCUUCCUAUAACACUGUAGGAUGUAUAUGUUAUAUAAAAUAUUCUUUUUCUUUUUAAAAGUAAUAACAUUCUGUGCACAAAUAUUAUUUGUAUUUCCUAAAUCCAAUCGUUUUUAUGAAUUCAGGCAUGUUUUAACUGCACUACUCACCCACUUUUUUCAGGGAAAGGGCAAAUAAUGAUUGAAAAGAUAAUUAUUUAUUACAUAGUUGCUUCUGGAGUUUAACGUUGCUAUGUGCCUUAUUUUCAAAAUUUUUGAAAGUAAAAUGUCUUUCCAAAUUAUUUCUUAAUUAUUAUAAAAAUAUUAAAACAGUAGCACUUAAAUUUCAGCAGUGUUUUCAGAAGAAAAAGAAGUAUCACUGUUUACCUUUAUUGAAAUCUCCACAAUGAUAGUUGAAUGUUGCAGUGUGAAAAAUCUGCUGUUAAAUGCAACCAUGUUUAUUAAGUUGCAAUGAAGAGAAGCAGCUUUAUUUCUAGCUUUUUAAUUAAAUUAAGCAGAGCACCCUUUUCAAUGUGUAUAAAUUGUCUUUAAAAACUUUUAGAUCUAUAAUCCUUUAUGAUAUAUUGUGUUGACUUUAUAAAUUUCACUUCUUAGAACAGUGGAAACUUUGUUUUUCUCAUAUUUGAGGAGUGUUAAGAUUGAAGAUAGCAAUGUUUGGUGUAAAGUAUUGUAAUGCGUAAAAUGAAUGGUGCAUUGUAUAGAUAUAACGAACAAAAUUAUUUGUAAAAUAUUUUCGAUUGUUCAUUUUAAAAUAGCCCAUACUUUAUAUAUGCACUUAAAUAAUUUGUUUGACUUUUACAUAUUUUAUCAGUAUGUCUUUCUAAAAAAUCAUAUAGUGACUCAAACUGCUCUAAGUUUGUACUAAGUAAAAGACAACCACACAGUUCAUUUACCUUCAAA